CUUUUGCUAUGACAACUAAUAUAAAUUAAAUUUCUUUGUAACAUUUACGAAUGAACUUACACCAUAUGGUGCUGCAGGGACAUCAUGAAUCCCAGCAUUCAUUCCCUCUAAUUAUCAUUUUUGGUUACUUUUUUCCCAAAAGAUUUCCAGAGAUGAUCAUGCCUAUUUGGGGGACAUUAAGGGAAAUUUUUGAAUUGUUCAAGUUGUCAGAAGUGGCAACAAAAUAAGUUAAUGCUGAAAUUUUAUGAAUAACUUUUUAAAAUUCCAAUUUCAAGAACUAUGUUGGAUUUUUCUUUCCAUUUUGAAGAUACCCAGCCAUGUAUCUAUAACGCAUUAUUUGUUGGCCUUGGCGGAAUUAUAUGAAGAUGAAGUGAAAUGCAAAUCUUCCAAAUCUGAUAGACCUAACGCUGCAGUCUUUAAAAGCCCACGAACACCACCUCAGAGGUUCUAUUCAAGUGAACGUGAAUACAGUGGAUUACAUAUAGUUCAACCUUCAACUGGGAAGAUUGUGAGUGAACUUUUCAAAGAGGCAAGAGAACAUGGGGCUGUCCCUCUGAAUGAAGCCACAAGAGCUUCAGGUGAUAACAAAUCUAAGUCAUUUACAGGUGGAGGAUAUAGAUUGGGCAAUUCCUUUUGUAAGCGGUCUGAAUACAUCUAUGGAGAAAACCAACUGCAAGAUGUUCAGAUUUUGCUUAAACUGUGGAGCAAUGGUUUCAGUUUAGAUGAUGGAGAACUGAGACCUUAUCACGACCCACCAAAUGCUCAAUUUCUGGAGUCUGUUAAAAAAGGAGAGAUUCCCCUGGAGCUUCAGCGGCUGGUUCACGGUGGCCACGUGAAUUUGGAUAUGGAGGACCGUCGGGAUCAAGAAUACAUAAAACCUAGACUGAGGUUCAAGGCUUUCAGUGGAGAAGGACAAAAACUUGGAAGGUAUUUGUUCCAGCGGCGCCCCGUUUCCAGGUGUCUGGGAAAGCACUAUGCCUACUCACUGCCACGUGACGUGAAUGCGCCAAUAGGAGACCUGGGAUCCACCUGCCUCGGGUGCUCUGACCCGUGGCAGAGGUCUUCCCCCUGGCAGGGCUGGCAGAAGCUCCACGGAUGGAAGUGUUAUCUCACCUCCGCGGAGAAGCUUGUUCUCUGUGUCACGAUGCAGAGUGACAUCAUUCCUGAGUCUUCUCAGAGCAAAGGAAGCCAUGCUCCUCUCCACUGACUGAUAACCGCUUUGGAGAAUCUGUGAACAGACGGCAGGCUAAAACGCUUACCAGCAAUGAGCUAUGGUGUCACAGGAGCAAAAUCAUCUUCCUUCGGAAGUCAUCUGUUGGAACAAAUGGACAUUUUAUAUUAAAGGGCAUUGCCAUAUUUUGGAUUCACAAAACCCUGUAAAAUUGUUUGAAAUGUUACUCCUGUAGUUCCUUUUUAUCGUGUAGGUCGCGUGCCUGUAGACGCACACACAAAAGCCACUGCCAUCUAUAUAUAUGAUAGUCUUCGACAAGGUAGAAGUUAGGAGGGAGAAUUGGGCAUUCAGAACAACACUUGCACACGUACCACAUGGCGUUUUGCUUCCUUAGAGUCAUUUCCCCGAAUUCUUUUUACUACUGGAGUCACUGUAACCUGUAGGAUUUAUCAUCACCCCCCAAAAAGACGACAUUACAUCGAGCUGUUAGACAACCACGUGUGAGGGCAGUUGGUUUGCAUGACAUACGUAAUCAAAGAGUUUAAGUGUCUGCUUUACCAAUAAAGAACGUUUUCACUGAAAGUCAUUGAAAAUCCUUUUCAAAAUCUCCUUGAUUUGCAGGUUUAUUUGAGUGACGUAGAUUAAAGCAUGAAUAGCCUUGCCUGUGCUUUAAUUUCCUGUAGUGUAUCUUCUUGAUUGACAGAGAAGAACUGAAUUGUAGCUACGGUAUCUCAAUUUCCCGUUACCGUUUUUGUUUUUAUUCCAUCAAAAUAAAGGUGCGAAAUUUUCUGUA